AUGAGUACAUUUGAAGAGGGUCCUGAGCCAGUAACAGUCGAAAUUGUGAGCUCUGUCUUACUUACUGAGGACACAGACAGUGACCUCAUCCUUUGCCUUCAGAAUGAAGCUCAUGAAAUUGAAAACUCUACUGAACAUCCAAAUAAAAGGCCUUGCUUGUUGUCUUCAGAGGUUGAUGAGACUCGCUUCAUGCCAGCUCCUGCAUUCUCACUACCAGAAAUGGAUCAGAGCUUUCAGUUUGUCACAACCAUACCCCCAGAGGUGGAAGAUGAAGAGAUUACUGAAGGAACUAUGAUGCAGUUCCAGGUUUUACAGGAUUACAAACCAGAUGAAGAAUUUCCCUUGGCUAAUGAGGAAAAGUCAGUUGUUAGCCAAGCAUGGUUGACAGGUAAAGAAGAUAAAGAUAAUCUAAGAGAUAUUUUGAUGAGCAACAUUGAACGUUACAUGCAGGAACAUGGAGUAGAGAAUGCUGCAGAAAUUAUUUUUAAGAUGUCAAAAGGUAAACGCAAAGAUUUCUACAGAUCUAUAUCUUUGGGUCUGAAUCGGCCUUUGUUUUCAGUUUAUAGAAGAGUGGUACGAAUGUACGAUGACAGAAACCAUGUGGGAAAGUAUACCCCUGACGAAAUUGAUAAGCUCAAGGAGCUCUGGCAACAGCAUGGCAAUGACUGGAUAAAAAUAGGUGCCGCCAUGGGAAGAAGUCCAUCUUCUGUGAAAGACCGAUGCCGACUGAUGAAACAUCCUUGCAAUGCGGGAAAAUGGAGUGAAGAAGAAGAACAGAUUCUUGCAGAUGCAGUUCAUGAAUUGACAUCCACUGCUGUGGGCGAGAAAGUCACACAGGGUGUGUGUUGGGCAUCUGUGGCUCAACGAGUAGGUACUCGCUCAGCAAAGCAGUGUCGUGGCAAAUGGCUCAACUACCUGAACUGGAAACAGACUGGAGGGAUUGAGUGGUCCAGGAAAGAUGAAAUCUCUCUCAUCCACAGACUAGCAGAGCUUGAUGUAGCUGAUGAAAAUGAAAUUCUCUGGGAUGACUUAGCUAAAGGAUGGGAAAGUGUUCGGUCACCACAAUGGCUGCGUAGCAAAUGGUGGACCAUGAAAAGGCAAAUUACAAACCAUAAGGACUUUCCAUUUCCGGUGAUAGUACAAUGUCUUCAACAAGUAUAUGAGAGCCAAAAUGCCAGCCUCAUGUUUUGGGAGAAUAAAUCAGAAUCUGAAGUGUCAGAUAGCAGUUCAGAUAUCAGUGUUCAACAAGUCCCCUUCGUAGUCGCGGGUGAAGAAGAUGAUCGUACAUCAAUUUAUGCAGUCCCAGUGACAGGAUUGCAAAUUACACUCGAAGUUAUACCUGGCUCCUCAACAGAGUACCAUGCAACUAUUGUUAACGCUGAACCAAUAACCUUGCCCAGUGAACCACAAUAGAUAUUUGAGAUUCUUCCUAAUUUCCGUUUAUGUUCCAUGCCCUCACACUGCACCUACUCCCUUCAAACAAUCUCAACUAAAGGCCUCUCCUUAACUCUGACCAUUAGUCAGUACACCAGUAGGCCUGACAGCUCCUGCACCUACUUCUAA